UAUUUUACAAAUGCUUCAGAAAAACAGAGUAGCAAAGAGAGGGAAGCAAAUCUAAUCGAGUUAACCCAAUUUCCCCAUCACGCCCACUUUCAACCCAUUCAAAAUGACAAAGGUUAGUAAGCUUUUGUUAAGGUUAACAACUUUUCUCGACUCUCCUGUAAAUGCGUGAGACAUAGCCCAUAAUCAAGUCCAACAUCACCACGAUUGUGUUCUUUGGAAAAAGCACAAAGUGACGCACUAGAUGUCAACACUUGAAUUCGUAUUUUGAAAAACGCUGUUUGAAGCAGAAAACCCACUCCGGAAAAUGAUCCGCGGAUCGGAUCAGACCGUGUUAUUUUUUGGAUCCGCGGAUCGUUUCAGAUUGGAAUUAUCUCCACGGGAUUCUUGCCUCGUGACGCAAGUGCCCUAUUGUUUAAAAAGUUCUAAUUCGAUUUUGAUCAAAAGAAAACUACUGUACCGGGACGGUUAAAAAAAAGUUGAAAUGAUUUUAACUUUUUUUUCGAUCCGUUUCGAUCCGUCGCGGAUCAGUCAUGUGACCAUUUUUGCAUCCAAAGCGCUUGCACAACACAAAAUCUGAUCCAAUCCGCGGAUCAUUUUCCGGAGUGGGUUUUCGGCUUGACGCAGUGUAAUUUAGUUUCACAGUAAGAGCAAUGCUUUUAUGUGGCAAGCAAGGAAUUAGGCAUAAAGAUCAUUUGGCUACCGCAUCUUUAGGCCUUUAGAACAAAUCAUACAAGGAAAUUUUGUGUCCAGUUCGCGUACAUGCAACCAUGUAAUUCUUAUCCAAGGGAUCGUCGGAUAAGUUUACUCGCGGAGCCAUGGUGCAUUCUUCAAGAAGAUGCUUAUUGGCAAGGAAAGGUAAAUGUACUAAGAAGAACUGUUUAGCUCGCCAAGCAAUAUUGGAAAAUCUUUUCAAAUCUUGUGCAUUGGCACUUGUGCAUCAAACUUUGAAUGGAAGGCAAGGAUCACACAGAACGCCAUGCGGAGCGAAUGACAGAAAUUCAAGUGGGGGCAAUGGCAUCUCAACCAACAGAAGAAGUAGGGGCUAUUUACGUACUGGUUGCAACCGUUCAAAUGACAGAAGUAAAUUGAGUGAAAUGAAAAGACAAAAGAUGCACAAGCCUUCUGAAGAUGAAGAGCCAAGGGUAAAAAUAUAACUUGCAAAGUAUGUCAAUUCACUUAUUGCGGCAAAAAUUCCUUUAAAGCGUGCAUUAACUUUACAUUACGGCCAAAAAUCUGUAGACACUACCUUGGUAGAAAUGAUGUUACCAGCGCCGAAAUAUUAGCGAUCUGGAGAUAUCAUAAACGAAAUUAUCGACUCAUUUCAUAUAAGUACAAAAAGAUUGUAGGAAAUGUAAUGUGUGCUGAAAAGUUCGUGGAGGCAGCAAAUGAUUUGGUUGAAAAAGUUCACUCCUCGUUAACAUCAGUAGUAUCCAGAGAGCCUUCAGUAGAAGAAACAAAUAGCAAUGUUACCUCUGAGAAAGUUGCCAAUGCCGAUGCUAGGGGUAAAGCGAGGGAGGCAGACCAUUCAUUUGAUCAGUUGGAUUGUGAUAAAGGUGAAUCCUUAUUGCCUAUUACAGAGAUAAAGAAAGGUCAGGAAAUAGGUACGGAUGCCGAAAGGGAUUGCUUCGAAGAUUUUGGACUGUCGGAAAAGUUAGCCAGCUUACUUACUGGUAGUGGUGUGAAAAGAGUCAUGCCCUUAGACCCUGUAUGGAGAAAUCUUGAGAUCAAAACAUUAAAGGAUGGGAGUCGUCGUUUCGCGGGUGAGUGGACUGCAUUCUCUAGCAAAAUGAUCGUAAAAUUCAAUCCAUUCUGUGUGUUUGCAUUCAAGCAUAACCACAUAAAAAACGAAGCUUCGAGAAAAAAGAAAAGCCCGUUUUUCAAAGCAAGUGGAUUUUGUACCAUUAAAAAAUGCAAAUGUAAUGUUCUGCUUUGCAUUGAGAGCGAGCACAGUAAGGACAUAAAUAUAGAUUUUCGAGGGGAUGCAGCAUGAUGCAUCCAAUUUACGUGCCCAAAGAAUGACUGGAACAGAAAGAAAUAAUCUGAAAGAUGUAUUCAGAGAAACGUCCUCGAAACCAUCUGGGUUAUACAGACAAAAGCUUGAAGAAAUAACGGCAGACGCUUACUCUGCUGGCAAUAGGUCAGGGUGCGGAGUGUCUGCAAAGGCAUUUCAACAUAUAUCAGCUGAGGCCAAGGCAUUGGAAAGUGAUGUCAGCAUUGUAGCUGAGAAAAUACGGGCUUCUGACAAAAAAAUAAGAGAUUAUAAUAGAGUACACUUUAAGUCCAUGAUGGAAAGACAGACAAUAUUGGGCUUUGUGCAAUCAAAUGACGUAACGAAUGACAGUUUGUGUGUUGUUCUGUCUGAUGAAGGUAGUGUUAGGAGGGGCGGAUCCAGGAUUUUUGGUGACUAUAGCUCAAAUCUUUUGGGAUCGGGACCACGCCCUCCUUGCUUGUGGGACACGCCCACUAUAUGGGCAAAUGAUAUAACCAUGUGUGUUUAUAGUUGCUUCGUAUUAAUAAAUAUUCCUUCGAACAUUUUUUUUCUAUUUCCAGGGACGCCAGAGAAGGGGGUGUGGGGAUACAACCGCCCCUGUUGCCCUUUGACAGAAGGGGCAAGGGUUGUUUUUAAUAAAGUUGCCUUGAAACUGGCCAAUUGUAAUAAUCAGAGAGAUUCAUAUAAAAUUCUGAACUUCUCAAAACAUGUAAAAUAGUUCUAUAUGCCGAAAGCUAGCCAAUGUUGAAGAUACCUACAGAAGAUCGAAAUGAAAUUGCAGUUACGUAUGAAUAAAAAGCCCUUUUACUCAAGCCUGCCCCCCACCCCCUCCUCCCUCUCUCGCCGCUUGGUCGUUCCGCCGUCCCUGUCUAUUCCCUAGUAGGUCCUUGCCUUUGAAGCUACAUUACAGGGGACCCAGGAUGUGAAAACGAGCUAUAGUCCACUGUUGCUUUACAGGGGACAGAGAGCGGAGAAGUAACGUGGAUAAUCAUAUUCUAUUGGUUAAAAGGCCAUUUUCAAACCUGACUAUAGCUUCACUAUAGCUCGCGCCAAAAAUUAUAGUACGGGUUUCAUUGUCUUCGAUGCCUUUUCCAGAGCAAAUCCCCAGACCGACUAUAGCUCGGAAUACCCACUGUAGCUCAAUUCUGGUUGGUUACUGUCAACAAAGAACGAAACUUCUGAUUCGUCUAAAUUUUAAUAUUAGACCAUUCUGCGCUCAGUGUUUUAUAUCUUAUCUGGAGAGGCAUUGUGAUGACACAUUGCCAGCAUUGCAUGUUUGUUUAUCGCAUUUGAUAACCUAUACCGCUGCUUUCAAAUGUUGAUAGUAAACACUUGUGGGCAUAAACACAUUUUUAGGGACUGCAAGGAAACUUUGUAUUUCGAAAAUCAAACACUGAGAAUUUGACUAUAGCUCGAGCUACAGUUGCUAUAGUCUGGAUCCGCUCCUGGUGUUAGACUUUUUCGUCAUGUCUGCUCAAAAGACGUGUUGUUUUUUGAUGCAACGGGAACAAUAAUAAAACCGAUCAAAGGAUUUAAUAGGAUCCUUUUAUAUUCCUUAAAGGUGAACUGACACGCAAAACUAUUUUUUGAUAUAAUGCAGAAAACGAUGAAUGGAAUCUUAAUUUCAAGUUUUCGGUUAAUUAUUAUUGUCCGUUUUGACGCAUUUCCGCUCUAAAUGUCAUGAAAUUAUCGUCGAGUGCUCGACCAUUGUCGGCAUUUCAUGUGACCCAGUGCGUGUGACGUCACAAACACCAUGUUUUGAUUCCUUGAAUGGAAAUCCCGCAUGGACUGGACAGUUCAGUUCAUCUUGUUCAGUUACUAUUCGAGGAGAUAUACGUAGCCUUUGAUCCAAGAUUCAUGAAAAUUCGAGGCUAAUGAAAUGUACGAAGGAUAUGUGCUGGCUGGUACUGCGUUAUGUUAGGAGGGAAUUUAUCUUUGGAAGGAAUAGGCACUUUUAGCUGCUCGAAGAAAUUCUCAAUUCUGAAGUCAAUCAUGCGGACGAAUGUAAGAAUCUUUUCAUUUUAUCAUGAAUCUAGCUUCUUUUUCGAAUAAAUUCAAUAUAUUAUUACUUCGAUAUACAUCCAUAUAAAUCAUGAACGUUAUUUUAUUUUGGGUUUGCCAACUCAUCGGUUCACUCGAGUUACAGGGGGGCAGCGGCCUGGGAGAUGAAAGUUUUACUAAGUUGUUAUCCUGCAAAUAGCGAAGCGAUCGUACCAGGUGCUUAACCCCUGAAAAUCUUCCAUGUGAUUGAAUAAAAAAUAUGCCGAAAAUGAGUGACGUUAAUUCGAAACCUUUACUGCGUAUAUUGAAGUUAACCAGGAUCAAAGACCGAGAUUAACUUUUGGGGGGCGGAGGGAAGCCCUGAUAAAUAAGUCAAACAGCAGCCGUAUUUAACAAAAUAUAAGUAUUUUACUUAGGUUUCCAGAAAAUAAAAAAUCCUGCCAAUAUUUUCAUCGCUACCAUUAUUCGAUAUGUUGGCCCGCCACACACUGGGUUCUGCAAGAUGGAUGAAGGGCCUCAAAGGCGUUGAAUAAUACGAUAUUCUUGCAAAUCUUAUUAUGAACGGUUUGUAAAGGAGUCAUGAUCUGUUUUCCUAUCAGAUUGUCGAAAUGGAGCCAAAACCUACUCAAUUAAUGUAUCGAUGCUCAUCCGCAAAGUCAUGAAAGUACCACCCUCCAGACUGCCGUGUUGUUCAAGUGAUGUGAACAUGGUGUUUGUGACGUCACGAUUAUGCGGAAGGCUCGGGCAAACUCGUCCGUGCUCGGGAAAUGUUCGGUAGCUAACUUUGACGCUCAAUAACUCGAAAACUGUGUUGAAUAUUAAAAAAAUAAUAAUGUACCAGGUAUUUUUGCUCGAUAUGCUUUCAUUUGAGGUCAAGUUAAUUUUGCGUGUCAGUUCACCUUUAACAAUUAGAGAUCCGUUUGGAAAUUCACCACCAAUACCUGUGGCUGAACUUAUUUCCUCCACGCAUACAGCAAGCUCAAUUCAACGAUUAUUUGCAUUGCUUCGGGCGAAGGAAAAAUCUUUGUAUGGCAAUAACAUUCAACCAUUCGCAAUUAGAACAGACUUUAGUAGUGCAGUUAUAUCCUCCUGCUUACUAGAGUUCAACUAUGGUAUGACUGUUGAAAGUUACGUGAACCAAUGUUACGAUAUGUUGCAAGGAAAAUGCGCCAAUACAGUAAAUCCCCGCAUAUAAGAACCUACAAAAAUAAGAACCUAGAGGCUGUUUUUCCUAAAUUAUGCACCUUGUAAUUAAGAACCUGUUUCAGUGUGAUAAAAUAUAAUAGGUUCUUUUCCCAAGGGCAAAAAAUAGAGUUUCAAUGGUCCUUUUUUACUCCCAGAUUUUUUAUAUGUCUUUAUCUUUGUAAUGUUGCAUUAAUAACAUUGCCAAAAGGAAAAAACAGGGUUGAAUGCAUCUCUUGAUAAUGAAUACUAAAAUUUGAAAUAAGGGAUCCUUCGAAUAAGAACCUUCAAACCCUGAAAUUAAUCCAAGUACCUUUGCCAAUAAGAACCUACUUCAGUCUGAACCUCAAAAAAGUAGGUUCUUAUAUGCGGGGAUUUACUGUAUAAGCAUAACACUUGUUUUAAUUUGCGCAGCCCACAUUUCAAAAUCAAGUGCGAAGUUUGUGGAGAGACAUGCAGGGACAAGAAUUACUUCAGACAAUUUGCCAUCAGUGAAACAUCUUGUGAUGAGAAUAAUCGGUUUGUUGACAAACAUUGAAACGAUGGAAGAUGCUACUGACAUAAUAAAAUUAGCUUACAUUGCAUUUAUGUCAGAAUUUACUAACCCAAAUGUACAAGAUGCUCUUGACAAUUUAUCAAGAAUAGUGAACGAAUUCAGAAUGAAUACCAAAAAAAAUGCUAUUGCAGAUAAUGAUAACGAAGCUGAUUGUAUUGUAGUUGCAUCAAAGUCAUCUAAUAAAUUCAAGAAACAUAUAGAGCGACACUUACAAGCCAUUGAUCUACCGAUCGACGACUUUGAAACAAGAAACAAGUAUUUCUUUCCGGAGUAUAUGGACUACUUUCAGUCGGUUCUGGUACCAUAUCUCCCAUUAUGGACCAGAAUCAUACUUUCUUUAGAAAGAAGCCCAGUCAUGAAGAGCCAUUCAACCACUGGAAAAAGCCUUGUUGGAAAGAGGAUGUUUGACGUUGGAAGUACCAACGCAUAUGCCGAAAAUUAUUUUGCUUUUAUAAAGCAAAGCUUUUCAUGCUCAUCGGUACCGAUUGACGAAUUUAUCUAUAAACACUUUCAAAAUUUUUGUGGUCUUAGGCGGCAGUUUGUAGAUUCAUUGCGGGUGAACAGCUCUAAAAACGCUGGAAGCUUGAAGCGCCUAGAGAGGUCAACGCCCCGUUAUCCAAAUGAUGGAAACGUUUUGUGUGAAACGAGCAGCGAAGCUGAAAUGGAGGAAGAGGAAGAAUGGCAAAAACCAUGUGCUAGAAAAGAUACCAGCCAUAUUUCUAGGCAGUAUUCUGAGCCGCCGACUACUCCAAUUGUUUUCAAAGCAACGCCUAAACUAUUAAACAGAAAGAUGGACUUGCAAAGCAAUAACGGAAUUAGAUCUAAAGAUGACAAAAUGCGAUUCAAUGCCUACAAAGCAAAAAAUUGGUCAUCUGUAUCUAAAACACUGCCAACUACCGAAAAGUGCAUAACUGAGCUACGAAGGCGUUUUCUAAAUCUUUCUGAUUCAGAAAAGCAGGAUAUUUCUACACCAAAGUCUCGAGGUAAAGAGGUAUACUGUAUUUGUAAGCAGCCAUUCAGGCCGUCAGGCUCUUGCAUGGUUCAAUGCAAUGUGUGCGAAGACUGGUUCCACUCUUCGUGCAUUAAACUGGAGGAUGGAUUUUUGGCAAAUAUGAUACCCCGAUACCACUGUAGCAUAUGCCUAGAGAAGACAUUUAGAGGUACAGCUCAGCUGGUGAGUCAUUACGAUGACCGAAUCAAUGAUGAUGCUAGCGGAUUAAUAAAACAAGUUUUUGAAGAAUUUUAUUUAUUGGACCCUGCCAUCAAAGCCAUAGUCUGCAAGCAUCUAUUUUUAGACACAGAGAUUAACAGACAUUUUCCAAGCAUUGAUCUUCUUGGUCAUGACCGUGGUAUUACCAACAACAAAAGCAACUGCUGGUUGAAUUGCAUUGCACAGGUAAUGUGUGGUACUGGCAUAGCUGACCUAUUGUUUUCGUACGAUGGAAGUAAAGACCUGCCAAUCUCCCAGGCUCUCUUACUUUGUCGCUUGCGGCUAAUGAAAAACCAAAAAGCUCCAUUGAGUUUGCGAAUGGUGGAAGAUGUCGGACUUCAUGCUCAAGGGAAAAGCAGUCAAGGUGAGCGUUUUGAUGCUAGCUCAGGAACUCAAAGAGAUGCAUCAGAAUUUUAUGCAACAAUCAUAACAAAUUACUUGGAAAGUGUCCCAAGUGAAGAAAUGAUUAACGAUCUCCAGUUUGUUUGCUUAGAUCUUCGAUGCUGCUUGAACUGUAAAGGCAUGGCUGGGUCUGUUCAUCGAAACACUUUGUUUAACGUAGCGGUGGUUGACUCCCCUGACCCAGUCAAGCUGACAAACCUUAUAUGGUUGCAACUCAUGGGAAAGCACUACGACGACCCAAGCUACAGUAAAACUGUCUGUCGUGAACAAUGCAAGAACUGUUCCGUUUGGGAAGCAACUGUCAUCCACAAUUUUCCAACGAUUCUAGUGAUCCAGCUGAAGCGUGCAACUUGGCAAGGACGAGGGCGAAUAGUUCAAACACCCGUUGAUAUUGAGAAAGAGCUGGAUCUAGAACAGUACUCUGCAAGAAAAAUGCAUUCUAAUCAUGUUUAUAAACUGAAGGCAGCGGUUUCGCAUUAUGCCUAUACUAAUGGAAGUGGACAAUACGCAACGCACCUAUUCGAUAAGAAAACGAUCAAGACCUUUGAUGACACUUCAGUAAAAGUAAGAAAUGCAGAUAGCUUUAUGAACCUCCAGACAUUCAAAAAAUCCUGCCAUUUAUUAUUCUACUUCCUGGAACCUAAAAACAAGAACAACUAUUCACUUUGCGAGGUGCCAACAAUUCCUAGAGCAGAACAACGAUUAGUUGAAAGGUACUGGUUUGGGAUGCUAGGGCCUGCUACGCCGCCGCACACGAUCUCCGCACACUUUGUCAUGGCAUGCCCUUGAAUGGAGAUGUCGUUUCGCAUUUCAUUUUUACAGCAUCAAGGAUCUUUUCGGAGAGUAACAUACUCGCUACUUCGGGUACCUUCCAUGCAAACUUUUGCAGGAACAGAUUUUCAACGUCUGAGGUCAGCUCGUUUUUAUCGGUAAACGCUAUUAACACUUAUGAUGUCAUUAUUAUCCCGGUAAACUCUGAAGAAUGCCAUUGGGUUGUUGUAGCCAUAUACCCAAAAAGUAAAUGCAUUGUCUUGGCUAACCCAUUGCGACAGUCAGACCAGGGAAGGACAAUAUUUUAUAGAAUUUUGUCUCUGCUAAAACUGUCUGCCGAACUGCACGACGUAUCGUUUUAUCAACAAGAGUGGACCCUUUUAAAUCCAAGAACUUUACAGUUACAAACAGAUGAAUCCUCUUGCGGAGUUUUUGCCUGUAUAAAUGCCUACAACUAUAUGUUUCCUAGCGUUUUCUAUUCUGUCCAUGCACAAAACCUGCUCCUUUUUCGUUACUGGAUCGCACAGAUAGCAUCUUCAUUUCACGAGACAGUGAGUUUGAAACGCCAGUCUUUGCCAGAAAAUGUCAGCGAUGUCAACAUUGAUGUCAUAAGAAAAAACUUACAGAUACGCGAUAGUGUGCCUGGCUAUGGAAAAGUUAAUUUUUUCUUUGUAACGCUUAAGAAAUACGUCGACAGUCGCCAUGAAGCUUCAAAUGAAGAUUAUAGCCUAGAGUCACAAGCAGUGGACGGCACUCACUCGACUGAUGAUUCGAUUUAUCUUGAACAGCAGGAAGUCGAGAAAAAAUUGACGUCGUUGCAGCACUUAAAAAAACAGUUUUGAAGCGUUUAGUAUUAAACCUGAAGACAGGGAAUGAGAGAUACAUGGUAUUGGCAUUUUUUGGGAAGGAAAAACUCAUUUCUCUUUUUAAGAGAGAGCUGCGCUUCUUAGGGCAAUUGGUAACAGAUGUAGAUAUGGAGCUGUUGAAAGGAGCGCUUUAUAAAAUGUUUUGUAACGAAGUACCAGAACAUGAGUAUUUCGGUGUAUCCCUACCAACAGUCACCUGCAUGAGAUAUGGGUUGACAUCUGUACAGUUUAUUGAUUAUAUCAUCCUGCCAGAUUUACUUUGUCUGGACUAUAUGGAUACCAAAGGAACAACAUAUGAAGAGGCGGUGAGAAGAUCAUGUGGUGAAAAUGGUUCCCGGCUGACUGUCUAUUGGAAUCAUGCAUUAUGUGCUGAUUCAACAGUGAAAGUCCGAAGAACCCUUUCCAACAAUUGCCAAAUACAAGGUGUAUUGAACGAGUUGCAAAAUGAGCGGGUUAACUGUAUAGUUGCUGAGGUGAAUGAUGUUCUGCAACCUAUGAAAAAGAGUUCGGAGAAGGUAUUAAGUAGAGCAGACGUGACGAAUUUAUCACCUUUUGAGGAAAACAACAAAUUUGUUGAUGGGUGCAUGGUUUGCAAACCAGGGGAUCUCAAAUGCGACAAACUCGUUCUAACAAGAGGUGAGUGUAGCUGCAUCAGAAUCGUAGGACAGCAACUUUCGUCAGUGCCUAUGACGAAAGUAUGUUUAUGACCUUGGGCUAGCUUUGUAGAAUAAUAUUUGUCUAUGACAUACUAAAGCUUACUAAUAAGAUCAAUUCUUUAUGUUUGAUAACAUAACUAGGAUACUGGGCGCGUGUAUUUACUUGUUUUUGUCCAGUCUUCUUUAUUGUUGGUAUAGCAGUCUAUUACUGAAAUGGAUUUAUAGUUUUUCCCGUAGUCUUUUGUUGCAUCUGGUGAUAUAAUCUAGUCUGCCACAUA